GCUAUAACUGGUAGUUCCCCGAACCGCUUCAGUUGCUCCGAGCAGCAAAAAUCGCUGCGUGCGAGCAGCGGCAUGUUUCUUAACCAGCUCUGGCAAAGCGGUCACAUUUCUUCACAGGGAUGGUGGUCGCGACGUUACAGGUACGCUGCGGGCGGCCCUUUCCAUUCCGCUCGUCCUUACAUUCCGUCUGCACGCCCCUCAGUUGCUGUGCGUCAGUUCUCUCCGGAGAGCGGAGGAAAAGACUCCAUGCAAAAUCUGAACGAGCGCCUUGCCUCAUACUUGGACAAGGUGUCCGAGUUAGAGGCAUCAAACCAGAAACUUGAACAUCAGAUCCAGGAGUAUGUCAACAAGAAGGCGCCUGGGGAGCACCGAGAAUUCACAGCGAAGUUUCAAACCAUCACUGAGCUUCGCCAGCAGAUCACUGACUACUUCUGUGCAAUUACGAAGUUAAAUCUGCAGAUUCAACAUGCCCAGUUUGAAACUCAAGACUAUCAAAUCAAGACUGAUGAGGAGGCGAAGAUGUGCCUGUCCUCUGAGAUGGAGGUCCACCUGCUGCAGGCGCUCCAGAGAGAUGGAGAGGCCCAGAAUGCCGAGCUGGAGUUUGAGCUCAGUCAGAAAGAAGAGGAGCUGGCCUACCUGAGUACAGAGCACCAGGAUAGACUUCUUGAGGUCCGCUCACUGGAAUCUGGUUCUGUGAAUGUGGAACUAGCCACCAAAGAGUCUGCGGAUCUGAUUCAGGAGCUUCAUCACAUCAGAGAGCAGUGUAUGGCUGUGGUCCAGAAAAACCAACGGGAGGUCGAGAAAUGGUUUGAUAAGAAGAUGAGUGAGCUUCAGGCCCAAGAGACACACAACUCGACAGAGACUGAAUCCAGCACAACGUGUCUGUGCGAGCUCAAGCAAACUUUCCAGAAUCUAUCCAUUGAGCUGCAACAACUGCACUCUCAGAUGUCGUUCCUAGAGCAAAACAAGAUGGAGAUGACAACCAGGUAUAGCCAGUGCCUCCUUCAGUAUCAGAUGAGGGUGAACAGCCUGGAAGAUGAGCUUCGAAGGCUUCGCUCAGACAUCAACCAGCAGGGGACAUUAUAUCAGCAGCUACUUGACAUCAAGACUCACCUGGAACUAGAGAUUGCACAAUAUAGGAAGAUCCUGGAUGGAGAGGGCAUCAGUGAGUGUGUUUCCGGCUCAAACAUCAGUGCGGUCACCUCCAAGCACACCUCCAGCAUCGACACCGGUUUUAAAGCCAGUACCACAACCUACAGUGCUGUAACAAAUGGCUCACUUGACCACAAACAGACGUCUAGUUCAGCGGUCUCCUCCUCCAGUGCCGAAGGACGCACAGAAAAAACGAGAAGAGAGAUCAUUCAAAGCCGCUUCCUGGGUGAAGGGUCAACUAGCACUUUGGUGGUGCAAGAACAGAUAAUUAUUUCAAAACAGAACAAACCAGUUGCCAGUGAGAGGGAACAACCAACAUUUACAAAGAGUGCCUCUAGUGUCCAAAGAUCUACCAUUAGUAACCUUCAUAACACAGCAAAAACCACAUCUCAGAUCAGUCAUGUUGACAGUCAGGCUAGCGCAGAAUCUCAGGUUCCUAAAAGCUUGUCAGACCAAAUUGGUCAUGCAAAAGAUGCCACUAUCAGCAUUCAUACCACUAAGACAGUAGAGAUUAAGAAUACUACUAAUGCAGCUGAUUCUUGGCCUGAAGAGAGAUCAAUUGAAGUUAAGUCAGUAUCAGAGACACAAACAAACCUGGCUAAUGCUGAAACGCAGGUUAUUAAAGCAGGAAAGAACACAGCUGAAAAACUAACAAAGACUAGCAUUUUUGAAAAGGUCAUGGCGUGGAAUGCUCCCCAAGAUCUGGCAGAUAUGAACAUUGCAGAAAGUGACAUUGAGGUAUUAGCCCCAGAAAGCACUGUUGAGGUAAAGACCACUAAAAAUGCAGUUGUUUCUAGUGCUAUGGGAAGUCUACUGAAUACUAAUACUGCUACCAGUGUUGUUGAGUCUAACAUUGUCCAAGGUCAUAUUGAGAUAUCAGCUCCUGAAAGCAUUGUUGAGGUUGCGACUACUAGAACAGUAGUUGGUACAAGUGCUAUGGAAAGUCUACUGAAUGCUGGCAUUGCUACUAGUGCUGUUCUGUCUAACAUUGUCCAAGGUCAAGUUGAGACAUCAGCUCCUGAAAGUACUGUUGAAGUUAAGACUUCUCGAAGUGUAGUUGGUACAAGUGCUAUGGAAAGUCUACUGAAUACUGGCAUUGCUACAAGUGCUAUUGAGUCUAACAUUGUCCAAGGUCAAGUUGAGAUAUCAGCUCCUGACAGCAGUGUUGAACUUAAGACUACUAGAACUGUAGUUGGUACAAGUGCUAUGGAAAGUCUACUGAAUGCUGGCAUAGCUACUAGUGCUGUUCUGUCUAACAUUGUCCAAGGUCAAGCUGAGACAUCAGCUCCUGAAAGUACUGUUGAAGUUAAGACUUCUCGAAGUGUAGUUGGUACAAGUGCUAUGGAAAGUCUACUGAAUACUGGCAUUGCUACAAGUGCUAUUGAGUCUAACAUUGUCCAAGGUCAAGUUGAGAUAUCAGCUCCUGACAGCAGUGUUGAACUUAAGACUACUAGAACUGUAGUUGGUACAAGUGCUAUGGAAAGUCUACUGAAUGCUGGCAUUGCUACUAGUGCUGUUCUGUCUAACAUUGAUCAAGGUCAAGUUGAGAUAUCAGCUCCUGAAAGCACUGUUGAGGUUAAGAUCUCUCGAAGUGUAGUUGGUACAAGUGCUAUGAAAAGUCUACUGAAUGCUGGCAUUGCUACUAGUGCUGUUGAGUCUGACAUUGAUCAAGGUCAAGUGGAGAUAUCAUCUCCUGACAGCAGUGUUGAACUUAAGACUACUAGAACUGUAGUUGGUACAAGUGCUAUGGAAGGUUUACUGAAUUCUGGCAUUGCUACUAGUGCUGUUCUGUCUAACAUUGAUCAAGGUCAAGUUGAGAUAUCAGCUCCUGAAAGUACUGUUGAAGUUAAGACUUCUCGAAGUGUAGUUGGUACAAGUGCUAUGGAAAGUCUACUGAAUGCUGGCAUUGCUACUAGUGCUGUUCUGUCUAACAUUGUCCAAGGUCAAGUUGAGACAUCGACUCCUGAAAGUACUGUUGAAGUUAAGACUUCUCGAAGUGUAGUUGGUACAAGUGCAAUGGAAAGUCUACUGAAUACUGGCAUUGCUACAAGUGCUAUUGAGUCUAAAAUUGUCCAAGGUCAAGUUGAGAUAUCAGCUCCUGACAGCAGUGUUGAACUUAAGACUACUAGAACUGUAGUUGGUACAAGUGCUAUGGAAAGUCUACUGAAUGCUGGCAUUGCUACUAGUGCUGUUCUGUCUAACAUUGAUCAAGGUCAAGUUGAGACAUCAGCUCCUGACAGCAGUGUUGAGGUUAACACCUCAAGAAUUACAGUUGGUACAAGUGAAAGUCUUCUGAAUACUGGUAGCAUGUCUGGAACUGUUGAGACUGACGUUGUUCAGUGUAUGGCUCAGACACCAUCUCUGCAAACCACUGUUGAGACCACCAAUACUGAAAGUACUGAAACCACUGAGAGUGUCCCGAAGGCUGUAGGCGAAAUAAGGGCUUUUGAGACUAGCACCAGUUCCAGUACCAGUAGUCUAUUGACUACUCCUCAGGUUGUCGUUGAGACAAACACUGUUCAAGGCGUCAAGGAGACACAAGUUCCUCAAAAUGUAGAUACUGAAAAUAUCAUUGAAACCCGUGUUCUCGAGAGUAUAGCUGAGGUGAGCAUCCCUGAUCCUGCUGUUCAGUUGAAUACUUCUCAGAGUGGCAGUGUUAAAGACAUAGCUACUGGGAAACGUGCAGUGAAUAGGCAGAAUAUCAACAACAGAGACAAUCAGUUGUCCAACGGAACCCAGAACAGGUAUGAGCUCAUGUACAAAGGGUCAGGGGCGAGUACAACAAGACAAGACUCUCAAACAGCCAGCGUCCUUCAAUCGAGAAAUCCAUAUCUCAAUCAGUCAGCUUCCACAGGACAUACUGAUUUUCCCAUUGUUGGUGGAGGUACUGAGGGCUUAACCUUGGAUGCUGUUGCUCGCAAUAGUGGUAGAAGCAGUCAAGUCAUUGUUGGCAGUUCCCAUCGCGAAGCCAGGAUUAGUCAGGCACGAACCCACACAGAGGGAAGAGUCGAGGUCACAAACACCAGUCCAGGUAGUGAGCAGAGAAUGACUCGCCAGAGAAACAUUAGUCCUAACAGAAAUGUGCACAGCAGUCCAGGGUCUCAGCGGACGAGGUUGAAUAGCACUGGCAGUGUGGGAUCGGACUCUGGAAUAGGCUAUGGUACAGGGAUGGGCGGCUUCUCCAGUCCCACCAAGCCCGGAGUGGUCAGCAGCGCAGGCACUGGCGUCUGGAUCAUGAGCUCAGAGAAUGAUAGUCCGUACACCAUCAGCACCAGAAGCAGAGGCAGUGGGGAUAAGAUCACCACCUAUGGGAGCGGGGUGAGCUCGGGCAGAAUCAGCACCACAGGAAGUGGAAAUAGAAUCAGCAGCACAGGAAGUGGUGGGAGGAUCAGCAACUCAGGAAGUGGGAAUAGAAUCAGCUACGCAGGAAGUGGAAACCGAAUUAGCAGUGCAGGAAGUGGAAAUAAAAUCAGCUAUGCAGGAAGUGGAGGGAGGCUCAGUAGCUCAGGAAGUGGAGGGAGGAUAAGCAGCGCAGGAAGUGGAAAUAGAAUCAGCAGUGCAGGAAGUGGAAAUAGAAUCAGCAGCGCUGUAAGUGGAAAUAGAAUCAGCAGUGCAGGAAGUGGUGGCAGGAUCAGCAGUGCUGGCACUGGAAACAGCAGGAUCAGCAUGGGCACUGCCAUGGGCAGCUCUGCCAACAGGACGGUCAUCCGUAGCACCGGCAGUUCUGGCGGAGGGAGCAACCGAGACCGAAUCAGUGUCUGCAAGAUAGCCGCCCUCUCCAAAGCAGCUGCAGUGAAGGAGAAAUCAAUGGAGAGCCAGGGCCUGCUGCAGAUGAAGUCGGGGACCCAAGGAGCAGUUGAUCCAGAUGAGGAGUUGAACAUACCAGCUGUUCCAUAAGACUUGGGAGGCCGCUUUACUCUGUUAAUUAUUAUAUCCACAUAUGACUACUCAUUAUAACAAAAUGUGAAUGUGACUUCAUGGAUAUUGGAUUGUACUUGUCAGUGUAGUUUUAUUUUUCUAGAACACAUAUCUUUUGUGAAGACUGUCAAACAAAUGCUUUAUUUCAUGUUUUUUAUAUAAAGUAAAAAAAAAAUCUUUCAUCACGGAAGCACCCAGCAAAGUCUAGUUUGCAUAAAGCACUGCUGUGUUCCUAAUUCCCCUUAUAUAUUUGAUAUAGAUAAGAGAGUCUUAUUAUGUUUUGUUUUCUAUACAUCCAUUGUGUUAAAACGUAAACCUUAACUUGACUAAAGGUCAUUGGAUAAGACAAGUAAUGUACAGUUGGUUAGCCAAAAAAAGUAAUUUAUGAUAUUUUUUCAAGGGCAUUUCAGGGUCACGAUUAGUCACUUUGGUUAAAAAUGUGUCAGCCAAAUGUAAUGUAAUUACUGUUUUUGUUGCAUGGCUGAAAUAUAAAAGUCCUGUACUGUAAGUGUGGCAUUGUU